GAAAUCAUCCAGGAGCAAAUAACUAGGGUAUUGUUGGAACGCUUGAUUGUCAAUAGACCUCAUCCUUGGGGCCUGUUGAUCACUUUCAUUGAGCUCAUCAAGAAUCCAAGAUAUAAUUUUUGGAAUCGAUCAUUCACAAGGUGUGCACCGGAAAUAGAGAAAUUGUUUGAAUCAGUCUCAAGAUCUUGUGGAGGCCCUAAACCUAUGGAUGAGAGUAUGGUUUCUGGUGGUAUCUCCGACAACACACACUGAGAUUUACCUGGGAUGGUGCAUUGUAGAAUAUAGGGUUCUUUGAUAUCUAAUUUGCAAUUUGUAAAAUGAAAUGGCCCUGGUGGUCGUAUAACCUGUUGCCUGAAUCAGACGAACCAUUGGAUAAUUUUCAAAGAUCAUGAGCAACAUAUUCUUUGAGCAAGUGUGAAGAACAUCCUGUUUAUAUCGGGGAAAAUAUUGACCUCACUUUGUUUCCAAAACUAACCUUAGUGGUGGAUUAGAUGUUCACAA